GGAGGAAGGGGGAGGGGGGUGGGAUAAAAGAGAGAGGAGGUCUCAAUCCCUGCACUUUAUUCUCUUGGAGUGGAUACUUUGCGGUAUACUGAGAACGAGGUUUCGAAGGAGAGAGCGUGUGUCCUUCCUUCCCUCCCCCAUUCUCUCUUGCUCUCUGUUUGGUGUCUGCAUUGCUUUGUUUGACUCCAAAAUCCCAUUUUUUGACUCUCAGUGCAUUUGUUUUCAAGCCCCACUUCAAGUUUUAUGUUUUUUUAAUCUUUUUGGUUCCUAUAUUUGAGAUUUUAUAUCGAAAUCCCAGUGAGGAAGGAGCAAAAAGCCUCCUUUUUUCGUUUCACAGUAUAUGGUUGGGUUCUUUGUGGGAUUAACACAAAGCCUAGAAUCUAUGUAGAUUGGUUGGGGAAGAUAACAAACCAUCCAUUGUUUUCCGCUUAGAAGUUCUGCCUUCUGAUCUGUUUCGGUGGAAACAAUUGGGGAAGGGGUUGCUAGAGGAAAGAAGUGGGCCUCUUUCCCCCUUGGUUUUCUUCUGUUUUUUAGCAGUAUUAGGGUAAAGAUCCAUUUUUUAUCUGUUUCCACUUCAUUUCCUUGUCGAUAGAGGCCUAGUUUUUGGAAGGAGGUGGAGGAGGGGAGGGGGGGCACCAUUUCUUUGGAGCUGUAUGAAGGAGUUCUGAAACAAUGAGAGAUGAAAAUUCGAAGAAAAGCAAGCUAUCAUGGUCCAAGACAGUCAGAAAGUGGUUCAGCAGCAAGGGCAAAGCUCAGGACUUUCAUGCAGAUGAUGUUGUUGGCAGAGGAGGUGAUGAAAAAUGGAGGACCAGCUUCUUGGAGAGAGAGGCAUCCACAGUUAAGAAAAGCAGAACAGAGAGAUUGUCCAAACGAAGCAUGGAUCGAGUUUGGCGAGGAAGGAAUGAUCUUGAAUCAACUCAAGUUACAGAUAUUCAGGAAUACAAAAUGUUUGUUGCGACAUGGAAUGUAGGAGGGAGAUCCCCAUCAAAUUCCUUGAGACUUGAGGACUGGCUCCAUGCUUAUCCUCCUGCUGAUAUUUAUGUUUUGGGGUUUCAGGAAAUUGUUCCUUUGAAUGCGGGGAAUGUUUUAGGUGCUGAAGAUAAUGGCCCGGCAAGAAAAUGGGUGGCUCUCAUUAGAAAGACACUGAACAAUCUUCCUGGCACUGGUGGUAGUGUAAGCUACCACACACCCUCCCCUGUUCCCAACCCAGUUGCUGAGCUUGAUGAUGACUUUGAGGGUUCGGCAAUGAGACAGAAGAAUUCAUCGUUCUUUCAUCGACGGUCAUUCCAGUCCCUGAGCCGUAGUUUAAGAAUUGAUGGAGAUAUCAUGGUCCCACAGCCAAGGCUGGAUCGACGAUUUAGUGUCUGUGAACGUGUCAGCUUUGGGAGCAGACCAAGUGACUUUGAUCCCAAUUUUAGAUGGUGUGGAUCAUCUGAUGAUGAGAAUUUUGGCAUGGAGUCACCUAGUACUGUCAUUUUUUCACCAAUGUCAUAUGGCUAUGGUGCUUCAUCAAUGGAAGAGAGGGAUAGACCAUCAGGAAAAUCUAGGUACUGCUUGGUGGCAAGUAAGCAGAUGGUUGGGAUAUUUCUCACAAUAUGGGUGAGGAGUGAAAUUAGAGAUGAUUUAAAGAACUUGAAGGUAUCUUGUGUUGGCAGGGGUUUAAUGGGUUAUCUCGGCAACAAGGGUUCAAUUUCCAUUAGCAUGUCUUUGCACCAAACAAGCUUCUGCUUCAUCUGCAGUCACUUGACAUCGGGGCAGAAGGAGGGAGAUGAGCUACGAAGGAACUCUGAUGUCAUGGAGAUUCUGAGGAAAACUAGAUUUCCACAGGUGCAUGGUGUUGCUGAUGAACAGUCACCUGAAACAAUUCUUGAGCAUGAUCGGAUAAUAUGGCUUGGGGACUUGAAUUACCGCAUCGCUCUUUCAUAUCGCUCAGCAAAGGCUCUAGUUGAAAUGCGAAACUGGGGAGCAUUGUUGCAAAGGGAUCAGCUUCGGAUAGAGCAAGGACGUGGUCGUGUUUUUGAUGGCUGGAAAGAAGGAAGAAUAUAUUUUCCUCCAACAUAUAAAUAUUCAACUAACUCAGAUCGAUAUGCGGGGGAUGACAUGCAUUCUAAAGAGAAGCGGCGGACACCAGCAUGGUGUGACCGCAUUUUAUGGUAUGGAAGAGGCCUCAAUCAAUUGGCUUAUGUUCGCGGUGAGUCCAGAUUCUCCGACCAUAGACCAGUGUACAGCAUUUUUUCAGCAGAGGUUGAAAUAAUCAGUCAUAGCCGAAGCUGGAAGAACUUGGGUUGUUCUAGCUCUAGAAUAGAAGUUGAAGAACUUUUGCCAUACCCACAUGGAUACACUGAUCUCAACUUCUAUUGAUGGGGCCAACUGUAUAGGACCUACAUUAAGGUGGUUGUUCUUUUGAUGAAAGAAAAUAUAUUGUUGCUUUUGGUACAUGCAGAGACCUGAGAGGAUGCAGACGACCACUGUUUUUUCAUAUGGUUGUCCUGCAUCUCUUAAAUCCAGAGAAACAAGCUUUAAUCUCUUUCUGGAUUUGGAGGGCAGUAAUCCUAUUAAGCAAGCAGAGACCAAAGAAGAAACAUUCCCGGAAAUACCAACUCAAAAAAGAAAUGGCUGUUCAAAUUUUGUCACUAACCAAGUCCAUAAAAGAAACACAUCAAAUGAAAAACUUAUUCCACAAUAAAUCAGUUGCUAUGUCACUCCACCAGCUUGUUUGGCAUUCUUAAGACCUGUCUGAGUGUUCAGCCCAAGCAGUCAGUUGAUAAUGGAGAUCAGCAAAUUGAUCCAGGAAGGUGCCUAAUUUCAAGUUCCCCAUUGCCAAUUAAUAAAAUGGAGCCAUGACAAGAUGGAAGAACUCUUAAAAGAGUUGUUUUCUAUUUGAUCCAAGAAGGUGCCAAAAUUCAAGUUCCUUAUCGCGUAUUAAUAAAAUGAAGCCAUGACAAGAAGAAAGAACUCAAAUGUCAAAAAGGGGUUGUUUGCCAUAUAAGCCAAGUUAUGAUACAGGGCAUGAUUCUUCUGAACAAGUUGUAGGGAAUUUUUUGUAGUUUGAGAAGUAGGAGAGUGAUUUUGGACAAAUAAUUGUGUACAGUUCUCUGUUGUAUACGUUGGAAAGUGAGGAUGACCUCUGCAUUCAUACUCAUUGCUUGGUGAUAAAAGAAUGUAGCUAUUAUUUGUUGUUCAGAGGGCAUGGCUUAUUGUUUAAGCUGAAAAAGUUUGUACCAUUGAUAGCCUUUGAAGGUUACUUUGUUUUGCAUGGCUUGUUUCCUAUUAUAGAGAUCAUAAAAAGCA